UAUUACUCCUAUCUCAAUAAUUUUUUUUACUCCUUGACUUUUAUAUUUAUAACUCAUAUAAACUCAUAUAACUCAUACUUUCUAUAAACUUUCUUCUAAAAAAAAAAAAAAAUGUCUGUCCCACAUAUCCCACAUUUGCCAGAUGAUUGCAUCUAUUACAUUUUAAAACAACUUAGAAAUGAUCGCUCCACAUUAUAUAAAUGCGCCAGAGUGAAUAGAUUUUGGUGUAGAGCAGCGAUACCUCUUCUCUACGAAAGCCCUUUCCCCGUAAAAGGUAAAAAACUUCUCAUGACUUAUAUGUUAAGUUUUAAUGAAGAAGAAAUUUCAAGAUUGGAAGAUUCAAUGAAGUUUUGCGGAUAUGAAAGCUAUGGUAAAAUUAAAAAAGAUUACACAACAUUAUUUGAUUAUUCAAGAUUUUUAAAAACUUAUAAUUAUAAAGCUAUAAAUUUAACAAUUUUUAGAUGGUUCAUGAAUUUUACAGUUUUAAAUUAUUAUAAUACUCAAAAGGAUAAAAUAAUUUGUAAUUUUUGUCCAUUAUUUCAUCAAUUAAUUAUAAACAGGUGUAAUAAUAUUGAACAAUUUACUAUUAAUUUAGAUUCAUUUAUUAAACCUAAAGUUACUUCUACCAAAAAUUUUGCAGAUUUAGAAGCUUUAUUAUUACCAUUAAAAGGUUUUGAGAAAAAACUUUUAAAAAAUUUAACAUUACAUUGUUCAAAUUUAAAAGGAAUCAAUUUUUCAACAACAAAUAAUGAACCAAUUUUUGUAGAAAAUUUUUGUACAAUCAUUCAAAAACAAAAAAAACUUGAAGAAUUUAUUACUCAACACUUAUUUAAUGAUAAAAUAAUUUCAUCCUUAGAAUAUCAAAAACAAUCCUUAAUUUCUAUUGAAUUAUCUUGUGUUGAUUUUAGUGAAAUUUCUUUGGAUAAUUUUAUAGAUUUACAUAAUUUGAAAUUUUUAAAAUUUAGUAAUUGUAGUGAUGAUGAUCCUUUGAGACGUUAUGAUAUUUUACAAUCCGCUUCUUUCAAACUUCAAAAAUUAGAAUUUAGAUCAAAUCAUUGGGAUGAAAGUGUUGAACCUAUGUUAAUCAAAUAUUUGGGUCCUUCCUUAACUUCUUUAUCAAUACAUAGUACUGUAACUGUUCCUAUGUUAGAAAGGGUUUCAAAAUAUUGUUCAAACCUUAUGAAAUUAAAAAUAGCAAUUUAUGAUUAUAACAAAAUUGAUUAUUUAAUAUUCCCUUGUUUUCUUAAAAUUAGAGUAAAGAAAUUAAUUAUUAAUAUUCCUUUGUCUUUUGGUACUUAUACUAGUGAAAUGAUUACUAGAUUAGCAAAUAAUUUAUCUAUUAGUACUGAUAAUAUUACUUUGAAAUUUCUUAAUCAUGAUCGUGCAAAAUCUCUUCAUUUUUUUAAAACAUUUUUUGAAAACGCUCAUAGUCAUUUAAGAAAGGUUAAAUUUCAUUAUGGUAAAAUUGGUUCGGAUUCUUUUAAAAUAAUUUUAGAUUAUAUUAAUAGUAAUGAUAUUAAUAGAUUGGAAGUUUUGAAUAUAAUUGGAAUGAAAAGAGUAGUUUUAUUGGAUGUUGAAGAUUUGAAAAAUUAUAAUGAAAUUAAGGAGAAAGGAAUAAAAAUAAUUAAAUUAUAAAUUAUAUAGAAAAAUUCUUUAGAAAAUUCCUUAG